AUGGCGGCGCACAGAGCCGACGAGGACUACGAUUACCUCUUCAAGGUGGUGUUGAUUGGAGACUCCGGCGUCGGAAAAUCCAACCUCCUCUCUCGAUUCACGCGCAAUGAGUUCAGCCUCCAAUCUAAAUCCACGAUCGGCGUCGAAUUCGCCACCCGUAGCAUCCAUGUCGACGACAAGAUCGUCAAAGCCCAGAUUUGGGAUACCGCCGGCCAAGAGAGAUAUCAAGCAAUCACAAGUGCAUACUACAGAGGAGCCGUAGGAGCAUUGCUCGUCUACGAUGUCACAAGACACGUGACCUUCGAGAACGUCGAGAGAUGGUUAAAAGAGCUUAGAGAUCACACAGAUGCAAACAUCGUCAUCAUGUUCGUUGGGAACAAGGCAGAUCUCCGUCACCUACGAGCUGUAUCAACCGAAGACGCCAAGUCCUUUGCGGAGAGAGAGAACACUUUCUUCAUGGAGACAUCAGCUCUCGAAUCGCUGAACGUAGAGAACGCUUUCACUCAAGUGCUUUCUCAGAUUUACCGUGUGGUUAGCCGGAAAGCUCUUGAUCUAGGAGAUGAUCCGUCUGCUCUUCCUAAAGGACAGACCAUCAACGUCGGGUCCAAGGAUGAUGUCUCUGCCGUUAAAAAGGUAGGUUGUUGCUCAAAUUGA